ACAAACUCAUGCCCUACGUCUCAACAUUAACUCUAACCCCUGAACUGCCCCUCCCCUGAAACUCGGUAAACAGUCCAACCUCCAGACCGGAGAAGGGAGGAGAGGAGAGGAGAGGAGAGGAGGAAACACACACACACACGAAGCCUCAGCCGUUCACACUUCCGUUAACUGCACGAGCGACGCUUCAUAAACUCCGAGCCCGGUUUCCUCCAUGUCUGCUCGUGUAAACACACAGCGCCAGCGCGGCUCAUGUGGAGCACGCAGCGGGACGAGCCGGCCCUGAGACAGCGGAAACCAGCCGGGGAAAGAUGAAAUGUUUCUCCCGUUACCUGCCUUACAUCUUCCGACCUCCGAGCAUCCUCCUUUCCUCCACCUGCCACGCCGAAGCUGACAUCAUCUCUACGGUUGAGUUCAACUCAACAGGGGAGCUCUUGGCCACUGGGGACAAAGGAGGACGUGUGGUGGUUUUCCAGAGGGAGCAGGAGAGUAAGAACCAACCUCAAAGGAGAGGAGAGUACAACGUUUACAGCACAUUUCAGAGCCACGAGCCGGAGUUUGACUACCUGAAGAGUCUUGAGAUUGAGGAAAAGAUCAACAAAAUAAGGUGGCUGCCCCAACAGAAUGCAGCUUACUUCCUUCUCUCCACCAACGAUAAAACUGUGAAGCUGUGGAAGAUCAGUGAGAGAGAUAAAAGACCAGAGGGCUACAAUCUGAAGGAUGAGGAUGGGCGGAUCCGAGACCCUGCCACCAUCACGUCACUACGGGUGCCCGUGCUGAGGCCAAUGGACCUCAUGGUGGAAGCGACGCCUAGAAGGGUUUUCUCCAACGGUCACACAUACCACAUCAACUCCAUCUCGGUUAACAGUGACUAUGAGACAUACAUGUCCACAGAUGACCUUCGGAUCAACCUGUGGCACCUGGAGAUCACCAACAGAAGCUUCAACAUUGUGGACAUUAAGCCAGCCAACAUGGAGGAGCUGACAGAGGUGAUCACAGCAGCAGAGUUUCACCCUCACCAGUGCAACACAUUUGUCUACAGCAGCAGUAAAGGCUCCAUCCGUCUGUGUGACAUGAGGGCCGCUGCGCUCUGCGAUAACCACUCCAAGUUCUUUGAAGAGCCUGAGGACCCAAGCAACCGAUCCUUCUUUUCUGAAAUCAUCUCAUCCAUCUCUGAUGUCAAGUUCAGCCACAGUGGGCGCUACCUGAUGACCCGGGAUUACUUAACGGUUAAAGUGUGGGACCUGAACAUGGAAAGCAAACCCCUGGAGACCUAUCAGGUCCAUGACUACCUGAGGAGUAAACUCUGCUCCCUGUAUGAGAACGACUGCAUCUUUGACAAGUUUGAGUGUGUCUGGAACGGAUCAGACAGCAUGAUCAUGACCGGCUCAUACAACAACUUCUUCCGAAUGUUUGACCGCAAUACGAAACGGGACGUGACUCUGGAGGCAUCGCGAGAGAACAGCAAGCCACGGGCCAUCCUGAAGCCACGCAAGGUGUGUGUGGGUGGAAAGCGGCGCAAGGAUGAAAUCAGUGUCGACAGCCUGGACUUCAGCAAGAAAAUCCUGCACACCACUUGGCACCCCUCAGAGAACAUCAUCGCUGUAGCCGCCACUAACAACCUCUAUAUCUUCCAGGAUAAGGUCAAUUAACACACACACAACUUGAUUGGUCACAUACACACACACACACACACAUAUAUACAUAUAUACACACACACACACACGCAUGGACACACACAGACAGACAGACAGACAGACAGGCAGACUGGCGUGCCUGAUCACUGCAUGGGGCCAGUGUUUGGCUACAGGAGCCACGAUGCUGGUGUUAUAUGGAUUUUUUUUGUGCUGAAAGAAGCUGGGACUGUGCGAUGGAGCAGGAUACAGAGAGCAUGACCAGACCGAAAUUAUGGACGCAGACAUGUUGCGCACUAAAGAGUGUGAAAAAGAUGCGCUAUGCUAUUUUGCAUAACCCGUUCUACUGUCCUGUUUUCACCACCACAUCCACAUUUCCACUCUUUCUCUCUUUAACACCGUUUAUUUAUUCUAUUUAUUUACUUUUCCAUUUGAAGGAAAUGCCGGAUGUUUUAAAAUUGAAACGGGGCUCCAUUACGUGCACUGUUUUAUCAGGUUUCACAAACCUGACUCGAAGGAUGGUGUCAAUAAGCUUCGUGUGGUCUGUUUUCAUUGACUCUCAUCAGUGCUCGCACUUGUGACACCAAAGGGCAUUCCAUAAAGAAGCUGACAAAGGUCUAGACAGAAAGGACACCGUUCCAUUCCCUUGCCCUUCAUCCACUCCACAGCUGUCAAUGAAACUGACCUGGACUUUGGACGUGGCCAUGCACACUGAUGCGAAGGCCAUAUACAAUCACUGGACACGAUUAUAAUCCUUUGCUACCUGAUUCUUUAAGAACAUGGAGGUAUAAGUGGUCUGAAGUCAUCAACGAUGUAGUUUUAUUCGUCUUUUUUAUGUUAACGUUUCAUUUAAUAAGCUGUGGUGCCUUCUUUUCGUAUGUGAGCAGUUGGGAAGGGGGUUGAUGGGAUGGGAUCCUGUUUUUGGAUGGUGUGAUAUGUUGGUUUGUGGAAUGUGACUGUUUUUUAUUUAAAUGAAAUGUGGAUUGAAUAGCUUUGUGUAAGGAAAAAUGAAUGAAAGUGAUGUAUUCAAGUACUCAAAAUGACAGUACUUGAAUUUUGCAAAACAGGUCAUGGUAUCAGCUCUGUAGGCUUAUGAUUUUGAAGUCUAUGUCCCUGGAUUUGACUCAUUCAGUGCAGUGUUAGGUGGAAGCUGUGACUGCACUCGUGACAAAUCGCUGUAAUGAACGAAGAGAAUGUCUGCUCAGCAGGGUGCAAACUGCAGCAUGAAAUACUUUUGCCUCUUAUUCAGACAGCUCACAUGUCCCACUGUCGUGCAUUUCCCGCAGACAGCUAAUGCACCAUCCUACUUUCAAGUAUGUUUCAUGAUGUGCAAGAAAGUGGAAGGACGGCGAAUAAUGUAGCCUAACUAGACAUGAAGAAUAUAUGAUAUCAGGGAAUUUUAGGUACAAGUCCUUAAAAAAAAAAGUAACAUCUAACCAAUUUCAGUUGUGAACUUGUUAAUGAAACAAAGUUUUAUAGCUCAGAAUGUAUUUAAAUGCAAUUGAAUGACAUUCAGUCUUUAUGCUUAAUGGAAUUUGUUGAAAUAAAAAAU